AUGGCGCCCGGCGUGCUGUCCUACUCCUCAUCGGGGACAUCGCCAUCGGCAAGUCCUGUCAUGAUGACCCCGAUCGACCACUCCGAUACCACAUCCGAUGGCUUCACUAGCCUGUCCGUGGGGCCCCUAGACGGUGUCGGCCUCAACAUUCACGGACAAUCAACAAAUGGUCACUCCAAUGGCCACUCCAACGGCAGUGCCAGUGCUCAUGCGACGAGCCAGGGCUACACCAACCCCGUCGGCGGCAGCGACGCCGGCCUGAAGCAGAUGCCCAUCGCCAUCGUCGGUAUGGCCUGCCGUAUGCCCGGCAGCGUCUCCAGCCCCGCCGAGUUCUGGGAGCUGUGCUCCCGCGCCAGAACCGGCUUUACUCCCGUGCCCAAGGAGCGCUUCAACCACGAAGCAUUUUACCACCCGAACCCGGGCAAGACUGGAGCUUACCACGCAGAGGGUGGUAACUUCUUGGACGUCGACCUGGCGUCGUUCGAUGCUCCUUUCUUCGGUUUGACGGAGAAGGAGGCUAUCUCCAUGGACCCCCAGCAGCGUCUUCUGCUCGAGUGCACAUUCGAGGCCCUCGAGAACGCUGGUAUCCCCAAGCACACGAUUGUUGGAAAAGACGUCGGUGUCUUUGUCGGCGGCAGCUUCGCCGAGUACGAGAGUCACUUGUUCAGGGACAGUGACACGAUCCCCAUGCAUCAAGCCACAGGAUGUGCCCAUGCGAUGCAGUCCAACAGACUCUCACAUUUCUUCGAUCUCAGGGGACCGAGUUUCACAGCAGACACAGCUUGCUCAGCAAGUUUGGUCGCCCUCCACUUGGCGUGCCAGAGUUUGCGUGCUGGCGAGUCAACCUCAGCGAUUGUUGGUGGUUGCCAUCUGAACAUGCUGCCCGAGUUUUGGAUUUCCUUCUCGUCUUGCAGAUUGCUCGCGGACUCUGGCCGAUCUAUUGCCUUUGACCAGCGCGGUACCGGUUUCGGCCGAGGCGAAGGUUGUGGCAUGAUUAUCCUUAAGCCCCUCGACCAGGCCAUCAGAGACAACGACUCAAUUCGUGCGGUCAUCAGAGGCACUGGCAUCAACCAGGAUGGCAAGACGCCUGGUAUUACUAUGCCUAGUGGCGCAGCACAGGAGAAGCUCAUGAGGCAGAUCUACAGAAACGCAGGUCUUGACCCCAAUGACUGCGGUUAUGUUGAGGCCCACGGCACUGGUACCAAGGUCGGUGACCCGAUUGAGGCCACCGCGAUCCACAAUGUCAUUGGCCAGAACAGAUCAACGAAGGAUCCCUUGUUCAUCGGCUCAGUCAAGUCGAACAUUGGUCAUUUGGAAGCGGCGUCUGGUAUCGCUGGUGUCAUCAAGGCAACCAUGAUGCUGGAGAGAGGUUUCCUCCUUCCCAACCACGACUUCAAGAAGCCCAACGAGAAGAUUCCGUGGAAGGAGUGGAACAUGAAGGUUCCUGCCACUCAAAGGCCCUUCCCCAAGAACAAGAAGUACAUCAGUGUCAACAACUUCGGUUUCGGUGGCACCAAUGCACACGUUGUUCUUGAGAAGGCACCUCACACCGGCGCCCCCAAGAAGGACAACAAGAACCUUCCUCCUCCCGAUAACAAGAAGGCAAAAAGCACAAAGAAGAUCUACGUCUUGUCUGCCAACGACAAGAACUCUGUCGGUGCCGUCAUGAAGAACCUCGUUGUCUACCUCGAGCAGAGACCAGAGAUUUUCCAGAACGAUCUCAUGGACAACAUCGCAUACACGCUUGGUUCGCGUCGCUCAAUGCUCCCAUGGAGGGUUGCUAUCCCCGCCACUGACUCUUUCGAGCUUAUCGAGACCCUCAACAGCGGCAAGGUCAUUCCUGGCAAGGAGACUGAGCCCUUGAGAAUCGGUUUCGUCUUCACUGGUCAGGGUGCUCAGUGGUGGGGCAUGGGCCGCGAAUUAUACGGCCAGUACCCCAUUUACACUGCCGCCAUUGACAGAGCCGAUGAGUGUCUGAGGAAGUUGGGUGCUGAGUGGUCCCUCGUCGAGGAGCUCAGCAAAGACCAAGAAUCUUCCAAGGUUUCCGAGGCUCACAUUUCUCAGCCGGCUUGCAGUGCUGUUCAGCUUGCAUUGACUGACCUUCUCCGCACCUGGGGCAUUCGCCCCGCGGCUGUUGCUGGUCACUCCUCUGGUGAAAUUGGCGCCGCGUACGCUGCCGGUAUCAUUGGCUUCGAGGCCGCCAUGGCCAUUGCCUACCACAGAGGCCGUCUCAUCCCCAUCCUGAAGCAGAGAAACCCUGAUCUUCAGGGCUCCAUGAUGGCCGUUGGCGGAACCAAGGAGGAAGUCCAGCCCAUGAUCGACGCUCUCAAGCAACAACAGGUCAGGAUUGCCUGUUACAACAGUCCCUCCAGUUUGACCAUUUCCGGUGACUCCGCAGCUCUCGGCGAGCUCGAGAAGAACCUUGAGGACAAGCAGAUGUUCAACAGACGCCUGCAGGUCGAGACUGCUUACCACUCGCACCACAUGAACCUUGUUGCCAAGGAAUACCGCGAGUCCAUCUCUGAGCUUCCCCAUCCUCAGACUACCGAUGUCCGCUUCCACUCUUCCCUCUACGGACACCAGAUCGACGGCUUCGAGUGCCAGGCUCACUACUGGGUCAAUAACCUUACCUGCCCUGUGCGCUUCUCUGAGGCUCUUGAGACCAUGCUGGAGCCCGUCGGCGAGCACAAGACUGGCGUUAACAUGAUCAUCGAGUUGGGUCCUCACUCUGCUCUCCAGGGACCCAUCAAGCAGAUCCUGAAGCACGUCGGAGAGGCUGCCAUGAAGGUGCCUUAUGCCUCUCCCCUUGUCCGUAAGAAGGAUGCCGUUGAGUCUGCGAUGGACUUGGCCUGCAAUUUGAUCACCAAGGGUGCCAUUCUCAACAUGGACAACGUUAACUUCCCCAACCUGAAGAAGAAGCCGUCACUGUUGACUGAUCUUCCCCGCUAUGCCUGGAACUACCAGAACAAGUACUGGCAAGAGUCUCGCAUGACUCAGAUGCACAAGUAUCGCAAGUCGCCCAGAAAUGAUUUGAUCGGUCUUGAGGCCAUCUACUCCAGCGAUCUCGAGCCGACAUGGAGAAACAUUGUCCACUUAGAUGACCUUCCAUGGCUUCGCCACCACGCGAUCCAGUCGGUGACAAUCUUCCCCAUCUCUGCCUUCAUCGGCAUGGCUUUGGAGGCUUCCGCUCAGUGGGCUCAGCGCAAGGAGAUUUCAUUUGAGAAGUACGAGCUGAGAGACGUCUCCGUCGUCAAGCCAUUAGCUCUGCAGGAUGCUGAUGUUGAGAUGACUAUCAACCUGCGCCCCCACCAGGAGACCAACCUGACUGCAUCCGAGACCUGGAAGGAGUUCCGCAUUUGCUCUUGGUCUCACGGCAGUGGCUGGACAGAGCACUGUGUUGGUCUCAUCGCUCUCCAUGGCACUGAGACUAAUGAGGUCGAUGGCAAGGAGCAAAAGCUCGCCGCUCUUCGCGGAGCUGAGGCUACCAUGAAGGCCAGCGAGGGCCCUGAGGCUGUUGCCGUUGCGGAGAACGACAUGUACGAGCGCCUGACUGAGCUUGGUGUCGGCUAUGGACCAUCCUUCCAGUGCAUCAAGGACUGCAAGGCGUCGAACAAGUACUCCACUGGUACCAUUUCAUCCUUCGAUGUUGCGGCCGACAUGCCCAACCACUACCAGACCAGCUCUGUCCUCCACCCUACCUUCUUGGAGUCUGUCAUCGAGAUGUACUGGCCCAUCCUUGGCGCCGGCCGCACUGACAUCAACACGGUCUACCUCCCCUCUUCCAUCGGUCGCAUGUCCAUCUCUCGCGACAUCACCGCCCUUACUAAGGAGGUUGGCAGCACCCUCAAGGCAUACUGCAAGGCUGAUUUCCCCGCCGAGGCCCGCUCUACGAAGGUCUCUGUCUUCGCCACCUCAGAAUCCAACGACUUGGUCAUUGAGAUUGAUGAGCUCACCGUUUCUCCCAUCAUUGACGGAGAGACUGAGCUGGCUAGCAACCCUGCUCGCGAGCUUUGCUACAAGCUUGAGUGGGAGGAGAUUGGAACUCUGAAGUCGCUGUCUGGCAAGUCCAAGACCAAGAUCAACGGUGCCUCCGGUGUCAAGGUUGAUGCUCCUUUGCCCGAUGUUGACGUCGCCAUCAUUCACGGCGACUCCAACUCUCAGCAGAUGUUGGCCAACGGCCUCGCGAUUGCUCUGGCCAGUGCAACCUCCAGACUGCCUGAGAUGGGUACCAUGCACGAAGUCAAUACUGAGGGCAAGCUUACCGUCGUCCUCACUGAGAUUGAGCAACCUUUCCUUGCCAACCCUACCAAGGAGCAGUUUGCCGAAGUUCGUGGCAUGCUUGCUGGUGUCCAGGGCUGUUUGUGGGUUGUCCGUGGUGCAUACGACAAGGCUACCUCGCCUGAGUCCAACAUGAUCAUCGGUCUUAGCAGAACCGUUCGCUCUGAGACUGUCCUGCCCUUCGCUACCCUUGACCUGGACGACAACAACCAGCUCGACGAGGACGAUUCCGCUGCAGUCAUCUUUGAGAUCUUCAAGCUCGCUUUCGGUGCUAGUGCCUCGUCCACCAGCGAGCUUGAGUUCAUGGAGCGAUCCGGCAAGCUCUCCACUCCCCGCAUUGUUCACGAUGAGGACAUGAACGAGUUCGUCCACCGCGAGACCAACCCUAGCGUUGUUGAGAUGCAGCCUUUCGGCAAGGACAAACGAUGCCUCAAGAUGGAGUUCUCCACUCCCGGUGCCAUUGAGACGGUGCACUUCGUUGACGACAUUGCUGCCACGCAGCCUCUUGGAGAGAACGAGAUUGAGUUCGACGUUAAGGCCGUCGGCAUGAACCUUCGCGAUGUCAUGAUCGCCAAGGGCCAGAUCCCUGAGGCUGACAAGCACGCUCUUGGUGUCGAGGCUUCCGGUAUCGUCACCAGAGUCGGCUCUGCUGUCAGGGCCCACAAGGCCGGCGACCGCGUUGCCGCCCUCACCAUCAGCCACGGUGCCUAUGCUACCCGCACUCGCACCACCGCUGCCAACGUCAUGGCCAUGCCAUCCAACAUGUCCUUCGAGGAUGCCUCAACUCUUCCCUUGGCUUACUGCACUGCCUAUUACAGCUUGGUCGAGCAAGCCCGCCUCCGUGAGGGCCAGCGCAUCCUGGUUCACUCUGCCGGUGGUGGUAUUGGCCAGGCUUCAGUCUGCCUCGCAAAGAUGAUCGGUGCUGAGAUUUUCGUCACUGUCAGCACCGCCGCCAAGAAGAAGCUUCUCAUGCAGCACUACAAUGUUCCUGAGGACCACAUCUUCUACAGCCGCAACACCACCUGGAGAGCGGCCGUUAGACGCGCGACCAACGAUGAGGGUGUUGACGUUGUUCUCAACACCCUUCCCGGCGCUGAUGCCCUGAGAGAGAGCUGGGCUUGCCUCAGCCGCUUCGGUUGCCUCGUUGAUGUUCGCAGAAAGGAUGGCUCUCGCGCCACCCGCCUCGACAUGGGCCAGUCUGACAGCAACGCCUCCUUCCUCAGUGUCGACAUCUUCGGCCUUGCCGCCGAGAGGCCCAAGAUUAUGGAGAGACUCGUCGCUGAUGUCUCCAAGCUUCUUGCCGACGACCAGCUCCGACCCAUCGACCCUGCCACCGUCUUCCCCGUGUCCUGCAUGGAGACAGCCUUCAAGACGCUGCAAACCACCCAAGGCCCGGGCAAGUUGGUUGUUGUUCCUCAUGCUGAGGAUGUCGUCAUGGCUACUCCUUCCAAGGCUGCCAAGGCCCUUCUGAAGCAUGAUGCUACCUACCUCCUCAUCGGUGGUACUGGUGGUCUCGGCCGCAGUAUGUCCAGGUGGAUGGUCGCUCACGGCGCCAGGAACCUUGUUCUCCUGUCCCGCAGUGGUUCUGCCACUGGCAAGGUUAAGGAGCUCAUCGACGAGGCUGCUAACGAUGGUGCUCACAUCACCGUUCGCCCUUGCAAUGUCGCCGACAAGUCUAGCGUUGAGCAGUUGUUCAACACUGGCCUCAAGGGUCUUCCUCCCGUCCGUGGUGUCAUCCACGGUGCUAUGGUCCUUCGUGAUGUUCUGUUCGAGCAAAUGACCUACAACGACUACACCUCGGUCACCGAGUCCAAGGUCCAGGGUGCAUGGAACUUCCACAAUGCCCUCCAGGAGCGCCAGACUGAGCUUGACUUCUUCAUUGCCAUCUCUUCCGCUGCCGGAGCCGUCGGUAACCGUGGUCAAGCCGCUUAUGCCGCCGCCAACUGCUUCCUCAACGCCUUCGUCCAGCACCGUCUUGCCCUUGGUCUGCCCGCUACCUCUCUCGACUUGACCGCUGUCUCUGAUGCCGGUUACCUGGCCGAUGGUAGUGCCGAGCGUGCUGCUGAGGUCGCCAAGAACUUGGGAUCCGACAGCAUUUGCGAGGCCGAGGUGCUUGCUCUCGUCGGCGCAUCCAUUUCGAACAAGACUUCCGUCUGCAACCACCACGUCAUCACUGGUAUGCGCAUCACGCCCAGCAUCCAGCCCUUCUGGACUCCCGAUGCCAAGUUCAAGGCUCUCCGCCUGGCCGCCGAGGAGCUUGCCGCUGCCGAGGCCGGUGCCAACGGUGCCGUCUCACUCAACGCCGCCCUCAAGGCGUCGCGCAGCGAGACAGAGGCCAUGGAGGUUGUCUGCCGCGGUUUGGUCGAGAAGAUUGCCGCCGUCCUGAUGAUGGAGAUUGAAGACCUCGACGUCACCCGCAGCUUGUCGCAUUACCCGCUUGACUCGCUUGUCGCCAUCGAGAUCCGUAACUUUAUCACUCGCGAGUUCGAGGCCAACAUGCAGGUCCUCGAGUUGCUGAGCAGUGGUAGCAUCCAGACUCUCACCAAGGCUGUGUGCAAGAAGAGCAAGCUUUGCGUCGGAUUCGACUGGAGUAACUAG